AUUUGCCUAGAUUUCUUAUAACAAGGAAAAUUUAGUUAUGCUUGUGAGUUUAUUAUAUAUUGGGCAAUGUUUCAUUUGAUUUGUUUUAAUUCGUCUGGCUACGAGGCCUGAUGCGUAAGUGGGUCUUAGGUUAUCACGUCGUAAGACAGUUCGAUACCCAUCCAUGUCUCCAUCUCUCCCUCCCGAUCCCUUUCAUAGGGUUUCUGAGAUGGCGGGAGAGAAAGCGAAGUUCCUCUGCAGCUUCGGUGGGGAUUUCGUGAGUCAGCAGGGCAAAGCGUUUUACAUUGGGGGUAAGACACGCCUGGUGUCGAUGGAUAGGUCGGCGAGCUUUCGAACGCUGCUUGCAAAGAUGUCGGAGAUCUGCGACGCUCAUCCAAGGUUGAUUGACCUCAGAUUCCAGCUUCCGGAUGUUGGCCUCGACUCCCGCCUUAUUUCCAUCGAGAAUGAUGACGAUGUGCGGAAUAUGAUGGAGGAGUUCGAAGCUAAUCGGAAAAUCCCAAUUUUUAUGUUCAUACAUAAGACGCAUAAUAAUGAUGAUGAGGAGAUUGCGUUCGCCGACGAUGCCAUGCGGCCGCCGCAAGUUGCCGCCGCAAGAGAAGUGGUGCUAAUGGCAGCUGAAGAGCAGCAACUGGACAGCCAGAGUGGAGCUAGCAGUUGUGGAAUGUCUUCAAGAGGAGAUUAUGCGAGAAAUACAUGUGGUUGGCCGAGCAUGUCAGGAGAGAUUUUCCGACAAGACUCGCAAUCACUGUUGGUUGGUCAGGAAUAUGACGACGUGCAGACAUUCAGGAAUGCGCUGACAAGCGCAGCCAUUGCUACAAAUUUUGAGCUUCACAUGAUCCGAUCAGAUCAGCGCCGUGUCACCGCCAGGUGUGCUGCAGAAGGCUGCACAUGGCGAGUUCACGCCUCAAAACUCCCUCGUGUAAGCAUAUUCCGGAUAAGAACUCUGACCCCCCAGCACACCUGCAUCAGAUCAGAAGACACGGGACAUCGACAAGCUACGGCGAAGUGGAUUGCGAAUUGCAUUAGGGAGAAGCUCAGGAACAAUUUCAACUACAGGCCGAGGGAGAUCGUAAACGAUAUCCACCGCGAAUAUGGAGUUCUCAUAACGUACAAAAGGGCUUUUCUUGGUCGAGAGAAGGCUCUCGAGGAGCUCCGAGCUGAACCGGGCAGGAAUAUGAUUCCCAUCGAACAUAAUAACUAUGAGUCCCUGAUUGAAAGCAGCCAUUCGGAUGCUGCAGCUUGGGGUGAGAUUCAUGAUCCUCCAAGAAACAGACUGGUUUUAAGGGUUAGGGAUAAGAAGGAAGUGCGAGCGCUGCACUGCACCAGGUGCAAUCAAAUUGGGCAUAACAGGAGAACCUGUGUUGUGCAGGACCCUGGAGCCAAUGUCUUCUGAUUUUCUUCAGAGUUCUUAUCUUGUAUGAGAAUUUCUAAACCAUCCUUUUCUCCUUGUUGAUUUAAUGUUUUAAAGUUUUUUUUUUUCCUGUCAUGCUAUGUACAUAUUAAGAGACUUGUCUAGAAAUUAAAGAUAGGAGGAAUGUAGCUUUUUGUUU